UCGGCUACCGUCGUCCGGUCCUUUCCGCGCACUCUCCUAAUGCGCCUGCGCGAGUGCCGUCCAUUUCUUCUUCAGCCGGGAAGGACGUUGCUGCUGAGGCACAGUAACUGCCAUGGCUUCCAGUGCUUUGGCGAAACCUCAGAUGCGUGGUCUUCUGGCCAAGCGUCUGCGAUUUCAUAUUGUUGGAGCAUUCAUUGUAUCCCUGAGUGUUGCAGCUUUCUAUAAGUUUGCUGUGGCUGAACCAAGAAAGAAAGCAUAUGCAGAUUUCUACAGAAAUUAUGAUUCCAUGAAAGAUUUUGAAGAGAUGAGGAAGGCUGGUAUCUUUCAGAGUACAAAGUGAUUUUGGAAUGUAAAGAAUGUCACUGGAUUGGUGCCAUGUUCCUGAAAUAUGAAUACAUGGGCUAAAGAAUAGUUUUUCUCUUGUUAAAUAAAUACUGUGGACAGUAAA